GUUAAUUAUUUAUUCGGAAUUUUGGUGGGUUUUGUAACCUGUUGAAUAUUUUAUUUUGUCAGCCAAUUUCAAUGAUUUGCCAUUCCAAUGGAAAUCCUCAGCUAUUUUCGAAAUCAUUAUUAUGAUGUAACUCAUUUGAUUACAUAUUUUGUUGAUAAAUUACUUAUCAUAAAAUAUAUAAAUACUGUCUCCAUUAAUUAGCAAAAUGUCCAGGGAAAGAGCUUCAAGAAGAUUCUAUAGGAUUGAAUCCACCAACAACCUCAUAGGCUUAGAUAGAGGCAUGACAGCUGAAGAAGAAAAUAGAUGGAGCUUUGAAAUUGCAUGGGAGGUGGCUAACAAAGUGGGAGGAAUUUAUACUGUAAUCCGUUCCAAAGCAUAUGUGUCCACUGAAGAAAUGGGGGACCAGUAUUGCCUGAUUGGCCCUUACAAAGAACACUGUGCUAGAACUGAGGUGGAAGAAGGUCCUCUCAGUUCUGAGCCCUUGAAUAAAGCUGUGGAGGCAUUGAGAAAUAAGGGUUUCAAAGUCCAUACAGGAAGGUGGCUGGUGGAUGGUAAUCCCCAGAUUAUUCUCAUGGAUAUUGGGUCAGCAGCAUGGAAGCUAGAUGAAUAUAAGUCUGAAUUGUGGAACACAACUAAUAUAGGGGUGCCCCAUUUAGAUAUAGAGGCCAAUGAUGCUAUAAUUUUAGGGUAUAUGGUAGCUGAUUUUAUUGCAGAAUUUAGGAAUACUGCUGAAGAAUUUGGAGAAGGUACACCACCAAGAAUUGUAACACAUUUCCAUGAAUGGCAAGCUGGAGUUGGUCUUAUUGUACUUCGCACAAGGCAUGUCAAUGUUGCCACUGUUUUCACUACACAUGCUACACUCUUAGGCAGAUAUUUGUGUGCUGGUAACACAGAUUUCUACAAUAACCUCAGUACAUUCAGUGUUGAUGAAGAAGCAGGAAAAAGGCAAAUUUAUCAUAGAUAUUGCAUGGAAAGGGCAGCUUCUCAUUUAUGUCAUUGUUUCACCACUGUUUCAGAUAUCACAGGAUAUGAGGCAGAACAUUUGCUGAAGAAAAAACCUGAUGUUAUCACCCCUAAUGGUUUGAAUGUCAAAAAAUUCUCGGCACUCCAUGAGUUUCAAAAUUUACAUGCUCUUUCCAAAGAGAAACUCCAUGAGUUUGUUCGAGGACAUUUUUACGGGCACUAUGACUUUAAUUUAGAUAAAACAUUAUACUUUUUCAUUGCUGGACGUUAUGAAUUUGGUAAUAAAGGAGCUGACAUCUUCAUAGAAGCUCUAGCACGACUCAACCAUUACUUGAAGGCAACCCAUCCUGAUGUAACAGUAGUGGCUUUCAUGAUAUUUCCCGCCAAAACGAAUAAUUUUAAUGUAGAAUCUUUGAGAGGUCAUGCAGUAACAAAAUCUCUAAGAGAUACAAUACGCGAUAUACAAGAUAAAAUCGGAAGAAGAAUGUAUGAGAUUUGUCUGAACGGUCAUUUACCUUCAGCGAACGACUUAUUAGAAAAAGAAGAAAUGGUUCGGCUGAAAAGAUGUAUAUAUUCUUUGCAAAGGGACGGUCUUCCCCCUGUAACUACCCAUAAUGUUGUUGAUGAUUGGAAUGACCCAGUAUUGAAUUCAAUCAGGAGAUGCAACUUAUUCAAUACAACUAAUGACCGAGUCAAAAUCGUAUUCCACCCGGAGUUCCUCAGUUCGACAAACCCCCUAUUCGGCUUAGACUACGACGAAUUCGUCAGAGGCUGCCAUUUGGGGGUAUUCCCCAGCUACUACGAACCGUGGGGCUACACCCCGGCCGAAUGUACCGUGAUGGGCAUUCCCAGCAUAACCACGAAUUUAUCAGGUUUCGGUUGCUUCAUGCAGGAACAUAUCACAGACCCAAUGUCUUACGGCAUCUAUAUCGUCGAUCGUAGAAACAUAUCAUUGGAAGAAACAGUCCAGCAAUUAGCUCAGUAUAUGUACGAUUUUGCUAGGCUCAGCAGGAGGCAAAGAAUCAUACAGAGAAACAGAACGGAAAGACUCAGCGACAUGUUGGACUGGAGAAACUUAGGAGUGUACUAUCGGCAAGCGAGAAUGAAAGCCCUGCACAAAGUGUUCCCCGAAUUGAAGGAAGAAAUGGAGUUGGGUAUCGGAACCCUGAGGUACCCCAGGCCGAUAUCCGAACCGCCAUCGCCCACUUCCAGUAAAGUUACGACUCCGGCAGCUUCUCUUCACGGGUCGGACGAUGAAAGCGAUUCGGUCGAUGAGGAGGGAGAGUUGGAAGAACUUGGAAUCAAAUAAAAUCGAAUGCUCAGAAAAUACUCCGUGCAAUAUUUAAGAUGAGUAUAAUAUGAUUAGGUAUAUUGAUUGUUGAUCUUAAAUUGAAAAAUGAAAAAAAUUGUUGUUGAUUCAGAUUUUGAAUUUGAAAAGAAAGGUUUUGGUAUUUAAUCCAUGACGUUUACAUAAAUUUAUAUUAUAUUUUCUUUGAAUUGCCAUUUUCAGAAAGUUCUUAACAAUUAGAUGCUUGCUUUUAUGUUGAUAUAUUUGAACUUGACCGUACUCGCUAAAUAUUGAUCUUUCUUGUGUUGUAAGUGACGCCAUUUUUUUUCAAUUCACUUACUAAGAAUUCUGUGCCAUGUUAUACAAAACAAAAUAAAUUGUAAAGUAAGUGCCAUCUAAGUAUUUUCAUUUUGAUUAUCUUACCUGCUAUAGUUCUGCUGUAAUUCCUUAUGGUGCAAUAAAAUGUG